ACAAGGAAGCAAAUCCCCCCCACGAACCCUAGCGAGAGCUCCUCCCCCUCCUCCUCGGAACCCUAACCUAACCCUAGUCCUCGCCACCGCGACUCCCCCCCCCACGCGCCCGCGGUGCGCGUGCGCGUGUGCGCGUGGCGGUGCGCCGAGGGGGAAGGGGAUGGACGGGCCCAAGCGGUCGCAGCUGCGGGUGCGGCUCCGCGUGACGGCCCGGCGGAGGGGCGCCGGGGGCGACGGCGCGGGCGGCGGCGCGCGGGGCGGCGACGGCGGCGGUCUGGGGAGGAAGCGGCGGCUCGACGCGCCGGUGGUCAAUUCCGCGGCGAAGCUGCAGCGGCGCGAGAUCGGGGGCAGGCAGCUCGCCGCGCGCGGCGGGGGCGCCGCGUCCGCCGUGCCCGAGCGGUUCCGGAACAUGCACCUCCAGGAAGAGUUUGAUACAUAUGAUCAUAAUGCCCACCUAUUCGUGAAGCUGCAAUUUCUCAAAAAAAGAUCGAAAAUUAUUGAGAUUGUUGCAGCAAAAGAUAUCAUAUUUGCUCUUGCACACUCUGGGCUCUGCGCUGCUUUUAGUCGAGUUACAAACAAGCGCAUAUCCUUCUUGAAUUUAAGUCCAGAUGAAGUCAUCCGGAGCCUGUUCUACAACAAGAACAAUGAUUCACUUAUUACUGUGUCAGUUUAUGCAUCAGACCAUUUUAGCACAUUAAAGUGCAGAACAACCCCGAUCGAGUAUAUAAGGAGGAAUCAGUUAGAUGCUGGCUUUCCUCUUUUUGAAACUGAAUCUCUGAAGUGGCCUGGCUUUGUGGAGUUUGAUGAUGUAAAUGGGAAAGUACUCACCUAUUCGGCUCAGGAUGGUAUCUAUAAGGUUUUUGAUUUGAAGAACUACUCUUUUCUAUAUUCAAUACCUGACACCAAUGUGCAGGAGAUAAAGAUCAGCCCAGGAAUCAUGCUUUUGAUAUAUGAAAGAGCACCAUGUCAUGUUCCUUUGAAGAUAUUGUCAAUUGAAGAUGGAAGGCCACUAAAAUCCUUCUCGCACCUGUUGCACCGCAACAAGAAAAUUGAUUUUAUUGAGCAGUUCAAUGAAAAGCUCCUUGUCAAGCAAGAAGAUGAGAACCUUCAGAUACUUGAUGUACGGAGUUCUGAGCUAAUUGAAGUCAGUGUCACCAAGUUUAUGACUCCAUCAGCUUUCAUUUUUCUGUACGAGAACAAUCUCUUCUUGACAUUCCGAAACAGGACGGUUGCUGUAUGGAAUUUUCGAGGAGAGCUCGUGACCUCAUUUGAGGAUCAUUUGCUUUGGCAUCAAGAUUGUAGCACCAACAAUAUCUACAUUACCAGUGACCAGGAUCUGAUUAUCUCAUACUGCAAAUCUGAAGCAGCUGUUGAUGACGGUACAGUACCUCCAAUUGGGUCUAUCAAUAUGAGCGACAUUAUGACUGGCAAAUGCAUCGCCAAGAUCGCUGCCAAUGACCCCACUCUUCGUAUUGGCCCUCGCAAGAAUGGCAGUGCUGAGAGGUCCUCGAUCUGGAGCACCAUUCCAGAAGCUCUGGAGGAUGUCACGGCACUGUUCUACGAUGAGGACAGGAACGAGAUAUAUACUGGCAACAGGCAUGGACUGGUGCAUGUGUGGUCUAACUAGGUAGUAAUAUGUAUGUAUAUACGACCAUCUCGAUUUGACCCGAAGAUUGGAUUAGCCAUUCUGCACCAUCAUCCCCUGCCUGGGGAUCAACUAGUUUUUGUUUUGUAUUUUUGGUCUUUUGGCAAAAAAGAAUGUUAUUCCCUUGUCAGCCAAGAGGAAAUGUAGUUACCCUGUA